AUGGGCGCAAUAAUAUCAAUACCCAUCACUAUGGGAACAACUUUUGUUGCCUCUUGCAUGGGAGGUUGCUUUUCUAGUCUGAUCUCUAAGACAAUGACGUCGAUGGCAUCGUCGUCGCUGGGAACUCGUCUACUAUAUGCUGCUGCGCUACUCCUUAACUCACUAAUAUCAUGGGUAACUAUGUCAACUAAUAAAGCAUUACUAUGGCCAGAUAAAAGCUGUACAGAGACAGGAGAGUGUGGAUUUUUCACAGUUCAUAGACUAAAUUUUGCCCUAGGGUUACUACAUUUAUUUUUGGCGGCCGUAAUGAUAGGUGUAAAGUCUACAAAAGAUCAAAGAGCAGCUUUGCAAAAUUCUUGGUGGGGUUUAAAGUUUUUCGUUUACAUUAUAUUGGUUAUUUUCUCCUUCUUCAUAUCAAAUAAUUUCUUUGUCUUCAUUUCGAAAUGGGUGUCCGUUCCAAGUGGUGGUAUUUUUAUCUUGGUUGGUUUGAUUCUUUUAGUUGACUUUUCACACGAAUGGGCAGAAACCUGUAUAUAUCAUGUUGAACUGGAAGACGAACAUUCAGAUUUAUGGCAGAGAUUUUUGGUUAUCGGAACAGCUGGAAUGUACACAGGUUCCAUAAUUAUGACCGCCGUAAUGUUCAUUGUGUUCUGCAAGGACCAAUGUAAUAUGAAUCAGUCAGCUGUGACUAUCAAUUUGAUCUUAUCUCUCAUUACUACCUUUCUAUCCGUUAGUCCAAAAAUUCAAAGGGCAAAUCCGAAGUCUGGUUUGGCUCAAAGUAGUAUGGUAUCAGUUUAUUGUACAUAUCUGACAAUGAGUGCAAUGGCGUCCGAACCUGAUGACAAGUUGUGCAAUCCGUUAGUCAGAUCGAAUAGUACUCGUAAUGCAAGUGUGAUCUUAGGAUCUCUGUUCACUUUUAUUGCUAUAGCAUAUACCACAACAAGAGCUGCUUCUAAUAGUGCAUUUCAGGGGACAAACAGAAAUGGUGAAAUAUUUUUAGGAGAUGACGUUGAAUAUGAAGGAUUGGAGGGCCAAACGAGACGUCAAAUGAGAUAUGAGGCGAUAAAGCAAGCAGUCGAGGAAGGUUCAUUACCCGAAAGUGCAUUACAUGAUGUUACAUGGAUGUCUGAACCUACCAUAAGUUCCACUAAUCAUAUAGCUAACGAUGAUGAAUAUUCUGGUACCACUUAUAACUAUACUUUGUUCCAUCUCAUCUUCUUUCUUGCAACACAGUGGAUUGCAAGUUUACUGACUGUGAAUGUUGUAAAAGAUGAUGUAGGGAACUUCAUCCCUGUAGGAAGAACUUAUUUCUAUUCAUGGGUAAAAAUUGCAAGCUCAUGGAUAUGUUAUGCUCUAUUUGAUUGGACCCUGUUAGCGCCCGUAGUACUAGAAGGAUACGGAUAUGAGGAUUAUUACUAG